CCUCUUAUCGUCAUCCCUUUCACUAACAUCGCCAGCAUCGAUAUACAAGGUGUCGUUACCUACCUAGGUUAGAAUUCUAUUAUGUUUUAUAUCACUCUCAUAUAGCAUUAGCAGCGUCUAACCCUGCUUUACUUAGUCUUAUAUACAACCCCUAAAUCAUGUAAUAGAAAUGUCAUCAACAGACGACUCCCUAAUGGCUCGACUACCAUCAAAUCUCGUUUCCGUCUUCACCCAAGCUCUCAAGAGCUACCAGAUAUCCAAUGCGACUUUCCGCGUAUUAUGUUCUUUAACCUAUUCCUCCCUAUCCUCUACGCCAGCUGAAGCACCAGCUCUUCACCCACCUCAAACCCCUCCAAAAUCCCUUCUUAUCCUCGACUCAUCUUUCAACCCGCCUACUCUCGCCCACCAGCGUAUGGUGCUAUCCGCCCUUUCAGAGCACGGGCAGCCCAGUAAUGAUAGCACUUAUAAAUCGCGAGUCCUCCUUCUCCUCGCCAUCAACAACGCAGACAAGGCGCCAAAGCCAGCCGCCUUCCCGCAACGCCUAGCCAUGAUGUACAUCUUCGCGCAGGACGUCCUGCGCUCGACAGCAACAGAAACAAGCCAGAACAACAAGUGCGACGGCGUGGACAUAGCAGUAACAACCGAGCCGUACUUCCACGCCAAAGCAAACGCCAUCGCCGCAUCAGACUUCUACCAUGGCCGAGAAUCCAACGCAACGGAACAGAUCUUCCUAACGGGCUUCGACACGCUAAUCCGCAUCUUCAACCCGAAGUACUACCCCAACGGGUCCAUGGCCAAGUCUCUCGACCCGUUCUUCGCGCACGCAAAGCUGCGGGUGACGAUGCGCACGGAUGCGGAGUGGGGCGAUGCUGCGGCGCAGAGGGCGUAUGUGCAGGAGUUGCGGGCGGGUGGGCUGGAGCGUGUGGGUGGGAGGACGGAGUGGGCGGAACGGAUUGAGAUGGUGGAGGGGGGGAAGGAUGGGGAGGAGGUUGUUAGUAGUACGAAGGUGCGCGAGGCGGUGCUGAGGAGGGAUUGGGAGGCGCUGGGGAGGUUGGUUAGUGAGGAUAUUGCGAGGUGGAUUCGGGAGGAGGGGCUGUAUGCGGAGGGGGGUGUGUGAUGGGGAUGGGGAGGUGGAGGUGGAAGCUUGCUCGUUGUUAUUAUUAUGCUGGAGGAGUCUGGACUGAGGUGUCGUGGACUGUAUGAGGUCAGAAAAAUGGUUUACGGCGUUCAUCGGUUGCACGUUCCGGCGGAAUAUAGGGGUGUAUACCAAGCAUCGAAAUAUCAAGUUAAAAUCUUGGGCGAGGAUAGGGGUUUGGCGGCAACACGAAGAUGAUGGGGGAAGAAAUGAAAGGGAAUAGGGAACUGCAGAUAGGCAGAGAUGCCUAUUACGCUCCAGAGGACACACCCGAGAUCCGGAGUCUAGGU